CAUCUUUUAAGAAAAUAGGAUUAAUUACUAUCUCUACUUGGAUAAUUUAUGCCCCUAUUUUAGGGCCUUCAGAGGGCAACCAUUAGCAUCUUAUAAUAAUCUCUUACCUCACUUUCUAAUGCACAAUUAGCGUUCAGGUUAGACUAUUUAUAGGACCCAAAGGUGAGUUUUAUUGGGUUUUUUUCUAUUGAGUUGUGCGUUCUUUUAAGGCAUGAGAUAUUAACUUGAGGGCGAGUGAGUUUCCGUGCUGAUCUUGCUCGGCCAGAAUCUUUUCCACUCAUUCAGCUAACUAAAGCAUUGAUGGCAUCUAUUGCGGGACAUGAUACCUCUGUUUCUAGUUUCUGGUGUGCUGGAUAGAUGAGUACCAAAAAAUCUAUUAAGAAUCUUUUCCCCUCGUCCAACUAACUUAAGCAUUGAUGGCAUCCUUUUCCACUCAGCUCCUAAAACUUAAGCACUUUUUUAAUAUUUUUUGGUUGUACUUCUCCUAUGUGUUAUCAUAUUAAAAUCAUUUUUCUAGACAAGUUUAAUAUAGCAUAGUUUGAAGAAUUUACAAAUAGAUUCAACUUGUUGUGGUGGGGGGUAUUUUGCAUUGUAUUCUCAUUUUUUAUGAACAUCCGUGCUAAAUAUAACAAACUGAUGGAGAGUGUAUCACACCGGAUCACAAGCUUUUUUUAUUGUUAGAUUGUAGCUAGACAGUUAAUAAAUUAGCUGAUAGAAUGUGCCCAAGUUCUAGUAACAAAAUAUGUAUGCUCAUUUGUCGUGUCUGAUACCUCUUUAGCAUCUGUGAUAACGCAGCAUCGUAAUUUGAAAUCUUUGACUCUAUACUAUAAAAUAAGUCAAAAGGUGCAUUAAUAUGCAACUUUUUAAUUUUAAUUUAUGUUGUUAAAUAUUUCCUUGUAGAGCUAUGUAAUGGCUUAUAUAAUUCUAUUUGGUGCAGGGGUUGGUGUUGGAUUCAUCUCCUCUCUGCUAUUCAAGUAUGCAGGCCUUGAUGUUGACAAUCUUCAAAAUUUGGAAUGCUGUCUUUUUGUCCUUUUCCCUUACUUUUCAUAUAUGCUGGCUGAGGGAAUCGGUUUGUCUGGAAUUGUUUCAAUAUUGUUUACAGGAAUUGUUAUGAAGCACUACACAUUCUCAAAUUUAUCAGAAAAUUCACAACGUUUUUCUGCUGCAUUUUUCCACUUGAUCUCAUCACUAGCGGAAACAUUUGUAUUCAUCUAUAUGGGUUUUGACAUUGCUAUGGAACAGCACAGCUGGUCUCAUGUUGGAUUUAUUUUUUUCUCAAUUCUAUUCAUCGUGGUUGCAAGGGCGGCAAAUGUUUUUUCUUGUGCCUGUCUGGUCAAUUUGGUAAGGCCAACCCAUAGACAAAUACCCAUGAAACAUCAGAAGGCACUAUGGUAUAGUGGUCUUAGAGGGGCCAUGGCUUUUGCCCUGGCUCUGCAAUCUGUGCAUGACCUUCCAGAAGGACAUGGUCAAACUAUAUUCACAGCUACGACUGCAAUAGUUGUUCUAACAGUUCUAUUAAUUGGUGGCUCAACCGGUACUCUGCUAGAAAAACUGGAAGUUGUGGGUGACAUGCACGAUGAUUCACUAGGAGAGGGCUUUCCGACAAACAAUGGCCACAUUACCUCCUCUUAUGAAGAGGGAGCGUCAUCCGGAAGUAGGCUGAAGAUGAGGCUUCAAGAACUACAUAGAAAUGCGGCUUCAUUUUCUACUUUAGAUAGGAAGUAUCUUACUCCAUUUUUCACUAGCCAAAAUGAUGACGAUUCAGAUCCUGGCUCGAGGAAGGGUAAGGAGCGAGCUGAGUAGUUGGGAUAGCAGAGGACGAACCGCUUACAACAAGAGGAGGCUCUUUUCAAGGACAUCGGUAGAUUUACAACUGGAAAUUCACUUCAUUUUGCAUCAAAUAGAGAGCUCCAAAGAAUGGAAUAUGACUGAUCGAUGUUAACUGAGAUCGUUGAUUUAACGAGGUUGCAUGAACUACACUAACUUAGAUACACAGCAAUUGUUCAUUUACGGCUCACUUCAUAGCAAUUUAACCAUACGAGACGCAGUGUGUUUGACAGCAGGAAAUUCUGCUUUUGUAACUGCUUAUAUUCUGAUUGUUUUCAGAUGUAUGAAGGGAAUAAUGUGAGGUUCUUUUAUACUUAUUUUAUAAACUGUACUGGUCAUCCAAUAACUCUGUAGUAAAGGCUUGUUCGUUUGUAUCUUCUUGUUUGGUUAUUUCAUUGACAUUUGGAAAUGGAAAAUGGCUUCUCCAUAGUGUUAAACAAA